CCCCCCCCCCGCCCCCCCUUUAACCCCCUUCUUUUCUCGUAUAUACCUAUAUAUGAACGUGCUUGAGUUUCUGAAUCCGGGAAGAGAGACCAAACAAAGAAAUAAAUACACAAAGAAAGAAAGGAAAGGAAAGAAGGUUUUCAAUUGACAAUAUUUAAACUUCCUAUACCAUCAUCUCAUCUUCAAUCUCGCUCCUACCUAUCUAUUCCUCAGCAAUUACUUCACCUUAUCCAUCCAUCCAUCCACAAAAGAAAGAAAGAGAGAAAAAUGCCUCCAGGAUUUCCCGCCUUCCCUCAAAGUCGAUUCCCCAACGACAAACCCCCCACACUGUUCCACCCCGCAUCACCAAAACUCAAAGCCUCUAAACCCAUCACGCCCUCCAAAUCUAUGAAAGAUCCAGAAACCUUAUCCACGACCAGCACAUCCACAUUCUCAUCUACGGUGUCGUUGUUAAGAAAGAGCGUUAAACCUAUCUUUUCCAGGGCGAAAGAAGAAGGGAAAGAGGGGAGUGAUGAUGGUGGGGAGGAGAAGGAGAAUGGGAAUGUGGAUGGGAAGAGUGGUGUUUAAAGGGGGAAAUGAGGGGGCAUGCUGCGAAUGGAUUUAAUGGUUUGGGAGGUGCUGUUUUGAGGACGGGGAGGGGUACGUGGUACGUGGUACGCAGUGUGGUGGGAUAGCUCAUAUCACAUCCAUCGUUCUUUGGGAUUCGUCUAGGGUUGGAGUUCUGGGUGUGAAUCGAAGGUGCGCUGGAAAAGUCCACUUGGGAUGUCUUUGGCGGGUAUCAAAAGCUUUCGGGAUCGCGCU